AUAAAAUCUUAACAAUAAAAGUAAAUAAAGGGACAAUUGUUUAAAAACGUGUGAGCUUGGACCAAUGUGGAUCAUUUUUAAAAUAAAUUUAACAAAAAGUGAAAAGUGAAUCUGUAUGUAUGGAGAAGGGAAACCAAACCAAAGCAAAGUGAAUUCAGUCUCUGAGGCGAGCGGGUUGGAAUAACGGUUAUUCUUCUGUUCCACCCACAUCUACCACCUCAACAAAUGCUCUUCGCUUCUGAGAUUUACAGUUCGUGGCUCGUGACACAGUGAUGCCAAAGCGUGCCAGUGUGCGUGUGUGUGUGUGUGCUAGUGUGACCGUUAAUCGGGUUUGAAAAAUUUCAAAUACAAAAAAUCGUUUCGAAUAAUAAAGAAAUCAAUCGAAUGAGAUGCCUCAAUCGCUGCCGCAGAUCAUCGGUAACGGAACAAAAGGCAACUAGAGAGCAAUUGUUAAAUUAACAGAGAUUAAAGAUUGAAACAAAGAAACGAGAUAUCUCUGCCAGUGUGCCCCUGCCAGUGUGCUAAGUGAUACAACUCUCUCUCAUCUGUGCAUGUCUGUGCGUGUCCACCCGCGUGUGUGAGUGCCAGUGUUAUCUGUCUAACAAUUAAUUAGCAUUUAAAUCGCUCAUUUAUCUAACGUUAGACCAUCCAUCCGAAAUCCAUCCCUAAUCAAACAGCUCAAAAGAAAAACGUGAACGGUGGAACGCUGAACCUAAGAAAGGGGGAGAACGAGAGGCGAAAACGGAACAACAAAUUUGUAAAGAAUCAUUGAGAAAGAAAUAGAAGAACACCCGCAAUCAAAAUGUUUGGCCAACACAAUUUGCUGGCCGCUCUGUUGCUCAUCGGCACAUUGAAAGAUUUCAUUACUGGGCUGCGACUGGUCGAGGUCCGCAUACCGAAUUACGUGAUUAAGGGCUCAGCGGCGCAGCUGGAAUGCCUCUACGAUCUGGACGGAGAGGCCCUGUACUCGGUGAAAUGGUAUAAGGAUGGCAACGAGUUCUAUCGCUAUGUGCCCAGGGACAUGCCGCCGGCUCAGACCUUCCUGCUCCCAGGUGUUAAAGUUGAUUUGCACAACUCAAGCGACGCGAUUGUUACGCUGCGCGACGUCAAUCUAAACUCGGCGGGACGGUUCCGUUGCGAGGUUUCCGGUGAGGCGCCUUCCUUCCAAACGGUCACCGAGCAUGGCGAUAUGGUUGUUGUGUCUCUGCCGGACCAGGGACCACCGAAGAUAAGUGGCGGGCGUCCGCGCUAUCAGAUUGGCGAUUGGGUGCGCAUCAACUGCACGGCCGGACGCUCUAAGCCGGCCGUGGAUCUGUCGUGGUUCGUCAAUGGAGAGGCCGCCGAGCCGCAGAAGCUGCGCAAGUACGACACCAUCGUGUCCGGGCGCGACCAUCUAGAGACCUCCGUGCUGGGUCUCCAGUUUCGAGUGGAGCAAAAGCAUUUCCGCAACGGCGACAUGAAGUUAAAGUGCGUGGCAUCGCUGUCGACAUUGUAUUGGCGCAGCAACGAGGAGUCCGUCGAGGGCGAUCGCCCACAGAAGGCGCCCGUCCUCGAGUCGCGCGAAACCGUCUACGCCAGCAACUCACGCGCCGAUCCCGUCCAAGGUAUGUCAUACCGGGAAUUAUUUGUUACCAAAAUCUUAUCGCUUUUCAUUCAAACAAAUGCAGCCAGCAAAUCGGACUCGCUCCUGUUGGCCCGUGCGCCCAGUGCCCUGCUCCUGCUGGCCCUGGCCGCGGUGACAGCCCUGGCGGGUGGAGGCGGCAUCUCUGUCGCACGGCACAGCCACUCCAAAAAUAAAGAUCAUCAAGAACAUGAUGAGAAUGGGCAAGAGAAUGAUAAAAAGAGCGAGAGAGUAACUGCUGACGUGGACGGUGGAGAGGCGGAGGAGCUUUUGGUUAGUGAGUUGCUGGCGUUGGAGUUGGAGUUAGAGAGGAGCGCGAGCCGAAGCUCGACGACGCAGGAGCAGAAGCAGCAGCAGCAUCGGGGAAUGACGGUGACUGCACGGUAGCUGCAUUAAGGUGGGACUCCUCACCCUCCAACACCGUUUUCACCGAUUUUUCCGUCUUCGCUUUGCAUAAAAAAAAAACUGAAAAAAACUCAACAUAAAAGAGAAAAUCAAAAAAAGGAAAACACACACAAAACAAGCAAAACAGAGAAAACCUAAUGCAGCUUAUUUAUUUAUGCCGUUAACAAAAAAGCUUUCAUGAAUUUAAUUUGUAAAAAGUGAAACAGAAAUUAUCUAGCACAUAAAUUAAAUUUAAACUUACUUAAAACAUAAUUGUACGAAAUUGUAUGUAAAGCCAGGUGCGAAUGUGUUUUAUCCGAUCCACAGCGGAAAAUGUUAAGCCCCCAAAAGGUCGCAAAACCGAUUGUAAAUAGUAAAUGUUUAAUAUUAUAUAAAUAUAUAUAUAUUUAUGUAAUUGUAUUGUAUGUUAUUACCUUUUAAGCCCCCUCACACACUCACACAAAAGAGCCGAAAAACGAAAAGCGAAUAAGCUAGUUAAUAAACUAAAUCAGCAAAAAUAUAAUAAAAAGAAUAUCAUUAAAAUGAAAGGAUAAUUGAGCAGAAGAAUCCUCCAACCAAAGUUGGUCACGGCAAAUUACGAGUUUAAUAAAAUAUGCAUAAAUAAAUAUAUAGGAAAAUAUAUGUAAGGAUAUGUCUGUCAGCUUAGUGACGAUUACCGAUGACAGAUUACGCAGCAUUUCAAGCGAAAACAAAGAUUGGAUUAAGCGACUGGUGUACAGUGCGUAGCGAAACUAUAGAAUGGCUUCGUGCAGUCCGAGUGUCCGUUCAACUUUGACCUUUGACUUCUUAUUUUGAGCUUCUAUGCUAAUACCUAUUCGAUUGAUCAAUCAAUGCAACGGAGUGUCUACCUUUUCUAUAGUUUUGUAACGCACUAAACAGCCACUAGAAAUUCAUUCAGAUUAAACCACACAAACAUAUUUCUUCUUUCAAUUAAAGUUUUAUUUUUUAGAAGCACGUAUAACAUAAAAGAAAACUGUAAUUAAAUAACAAGGAACAUUUUAGAUAUAGGAUCACAAAAAAAUCAAACCAAAAAAGCACCUAAUUUUAAAAAGCAAAACAAAAUGAAUAUAAAUGAAUGGAAAAAAGAGAGAAAAACUAAUCAAAUUUAGAAAUUAAAACUUGGUGACUGUUGGAAAAAGUCUUAAAACUAAACAAAAACAUAUCGUACAUUUAUAUGAAUUGCCAAAGUCUUAAUGGGUAUUAACCGAAUGGAAAGCUUCCACUUUUCCCCCUUUAUAAAUGCCAUGAAUGUGUCCUGUGUAUGUACAAGUGUGUGAGUGCUUGAGUGUUUGAUCAUCCUCUGUAUAAACUAAUAACAUUCCGAGCUCCAUUUCGCCACCAUCCAUACAGAUAAUGUGUACACAAUUUAGUUAGCCAAAUGUUAGGAACACAAUAGCAAAAGGUCAAAAAAACAGAACAAAACUAACAAAUCGAAACAAUAGCAAAAUGAUUGUGAUGCAGCCUUAAUAAAACACAAUUGAAAUCCAUUCAGAUCUGAUGCGAAAUCGAAUCAAAUCGAGCGAAAAACAAAAUCAAAUGAUUUUUGUUAUUUGGUUGUGUAAAUAGAAAUGAACUUUGUCCAAGGAUUCCAUACUGUUUUCCCCCUCUUUGAUGUCAAUAAAAUCUGUGUGUAAAUAUGAUUAUGAGCUAACUAAAUUAGAAUUAAGGUGUCAAUGGCAGCAAAAGCGAGAAUGCAA